UUUUGGAUCAUAUUAUAAGUAAUAUUACAUUUUUAUGAAAGAAUUAUAGAUAACAUUGUUGUAGUAUCUAUGGAAAAUGUUUUAGAUGAAAAUUUAAAGUUUGUCGUAUUUAAUUUAUAGUGUACAUACAUAUUCAUUUAAUUGGUGUCUUUCCCCGAAAUGUUUUAUUUAACAAUAAUGACUUUUUCACUGUUAUUUUACUAUCAAUAAUACUUCUUAAGAGAUGUUCUACACACUGUAAUAUCUGAAUAAAAUCACUGAUUUAGAUUCUAUUAGUUUUUAUAUGAUUCAAAUAUAUAUAUAUAUGUACAAUGGCAGAAAAAUUUCGAUCGCUAAUAAGGGUUAUAGCAAACGAAAUAAACAAAUACCGGUUGUUUAAUAAUGCAACUUUAACAAUCAAUAAUGUUACUGAAAGAGCACAAGAAAAGUUAAGUAAUAUACAAAAUGUAGUUGCUUCAAAGUACGAUGUUGUUGCAAAGCAAGUCUCUAAGGAUAUGAUGAUAAUACAAAAUUUAAAUGCAGCAAAACUAGAGCCAAGUCCAUUGCCAAAAAAAGUAGUUAAAUGGAUGCAAUGGUAUCAGCAAUUAACAGGUUUGGAUUCAGUCGAGCUUGCUAAGCAUCAAGUAAUUUCAGCACAGGACAAAUUAUUCAAGUGUCAAGAUGAAAGGAGGAAACUGAAUCGUCAAGCAACAAUAAUAAAUGAUAAAUUAAAGGAAGUGUACUCAGAAUUGAUUCAGACUAAACGAGACGAUCCAAAAUAUGUGCAGCUGACAAUUAUAGAAAACAAAAGUUUACAAGAACAUACAAGAAUCGUAUCGCAGCUUAAUUUAUUGGAAAAUGAUGAAAAAGAUCAUUUCACCCAAUUAGCAACAGCUAUAAAAGAAUAUCACGAUAGCCAGACAAUGAAUGCACAGAAGUAUAAAUAUUUGUCUAUACUUGCAUCUGCUAUAUUAGCAAUUGUAUCAUUAGCUGGUUCAAUGAUAUACAAUAAUAAAAGAAUAGCAAAUGUCAGAAAUGUUAUAGCAGAAGCACAAAGAAGUAAUGAAAGUGCUCUUCAAAGUAAUUUUCAGUCACUAGAACGUAAUAUGAAUGCAUGGAUUUCUCAGCUUGUUGAGAAUAGAAAUAACACGAAACAAGAUACAAAUUUAGCCAUUGACGAAUCAGAUAAAAUCCUUUCCAACCAUAUAUCACAAGGUUAUGUUAUAUUGGGAUUAUGUAUUGUUGGUGUAUACAUAAUCAGAGCUAUAACAGGAUGAAAUGAUAUAAUAAUUUACAUUGAAAUUUAGUAGUGGGCGG